ACCACCCUGAAGUACGUCAUUUGCCUCCAGUUUUAAGAUCAAACUAGCUAGCCAUACUUAGAUAACUUGCAGAACACUCGGGACUGUUUAAGCAUGGAGCGGGAGAGAGCAGAGAGUAAUGAGAGGAAGAGUAAUGAGAGGAAGAGUAAGCAGCCGAUCAAGGUGAGAGAUCAGACAAGGUACAGAGGGAUUCGGAGGCGGCCUUGGGGGAAGUAUGCGGCGGAGAUUCGAGACCCUUCGAGGAAUGGAGCACGUCUAUGGCUAGGUACGUUCGAGACGGCGGAAGAGGCAGCGAGGGCUUAUGAUCGAGCUGCUUUUGGCUUUCGGGGUCAUUUGGCCAUCCUCAACUUCCCCAAUGAGUACCAGUAUCAUAAUCCAUCAACCAGCUCUUUUGUUACGUCAUAUUCGAUUUCUUCUUCAUCAUCAACGUCAUCUACUUCAGCUUCAUCUGCUCUUGCUAAUUAUGGUGGAAGGCAUUUUGGACACGAAGAAGGUCGAGUGAUAGAGUUUGAGUGCUUGGACAAUAUGGUGUUGGAGGAGCUUCUUGAAGAGCAAGGGAAGUAAGCUCGGGAAAUCAAGGGAAACAGAGGCUCUAUAGUCUAUAGCAUGAUUGAAUUGUUUGGUUUCUAUUUUACGGGCUGUGAUUCAAUUACAACAAUGGGAAACUUUUGGCACCUUUUUGAAUUGAAUAAUUCAUUUUACCUUGUUUGUAAUUCGAAAAUAAUGAAGAUUUUGUUACUGAAGAAUGUAA